AUGCACAAAAGUUCAAAAGUUCAAAACGCCAUCGACAAACGACAAUAUCGACGACCACCACCGACGACCACGAAUUCAGUCAAGAUGGUCAACCUUACAACUCAGAAACGUCUGGCGGCUUCCGUCGUCGGCUGCGGAAAGCGCAAGAUUUGGCUCGACCCCAACGAGACCAGCGAAAUCUCCAACGCCAACUCCCGUCAAACCAUCCGCAAACUCGUUUCCGAUGGCCUCAUCAUCCGCAAGCCAGUCACCAUGCACUCCCGCGCACGCGCUCGUGAACUCACCGCUGCACGAAGAAUUGGUAGACACCGUGGUUUCGGUAAGAGAAAGGGUACCGCAGAUGCCCGUAUGCCAAGCCAAGUUGUCUGGAUGCGUCGUCUUAGAGUCCUCAGACGUCUCUUGGUCAAGUACCGUGCCAGCGGCAAGAUCGACAAACACCUUUACCACGAGCUUUACCACUUGAGCAAGGGUAACACUUUCAAGCACAAGCGUGCAUUGGUCGAACACAUCCACAGAGCUAAGGCCGAGAAGGCACGUGAAAGACUCCUCAAGGAGGAGAUGGACGCCAAGCGUGCGAAGACCAAGGCUGCCCGCGAGAGAAAGGCAGAGAGAAACCAAGCCAAGAAGGCAGCUCAAUUCGGCGAGGCAGAGGAGACCGAGACAAAGUAA